AUGGAUAUCACUUCCAAGGCCACUUUGGUGACUCGGAAUGACUCAGCAACUGGAACUGGUCUCUCAUCUGGCCAGCAGGGUCUCCGAUAUGCGGCAUUCAAGGUUCAAAGCAGCGACACUGAGCGGAUAGGCUCUUUUGAUGCCGACUCCGGGAGGUUGACACAGCUGACCUACGCUUCUGGUACUCGUGUCCGUAGCCUGUACGAGGUGAUCGAGGCCCGGAAAUCAGAUAUCGUGGAGUCAAACGAAUCAUUCUCUGUCGAUGAAGUAGACCUUCUACCGCCCAUCUACGGGCGCGACGUACUAGCUGUCGGCAAGAACUACGCGGAACACGCAAAGGAAUUCAAUGCCUCGGGAUACGAUAGCUCUGACAAGGUCGAUCAGCCAACACAUCCAGUGAUAUUCACGAAAAGGGCGACCUCAAUUGUCGCUCAUGGUACAGACAUCUAUUUCCAUCCUAGCUUCACUCACACCUUAGACUAUGAAGGUGAAAUCGGAGCCAUCAUUGGCAAAAGGGCGUUUCAAGUCCCUGAAGAAAAUGCCUUCGACUACCUCUGGGGAUACACUAUUAUCAACGAUGUCACGGCAAGAGAGAAACAGCGCGACCAUAAACAGUUCUUCCUGGGCAAAUCCGCCGAUACCUUCUGCCCAAUGGGUCCAGUGGCUAUGGCAAAGGAAGACUUACCAGACGUACUGGAGGUGGUGACGCUUGUCAAUAGUGAAGAACGACAAAGGGCAACGACUAAGGACCUCAUAUUCAGCGUCCCUCACCUGAUAUCGGUCAUCUCUCAGGGUCAGACCCUCCUUCCAGGAGACGUGAUAGCCACGGGCACUCCAGCCGGCGUUGGCUUUGGCUUUAAUCCGCCGAAAUGGCUUCAGCCUGGUGACGAGGUAGAAAUAUCAGUGACAGGCCUAGGAAAACUGAAGAAUCGAGUUGGGAACAAGAGGCCGGCUCAGCCAUUCCAUCAGCCAGCUACGAUCUCUACAAAGAACGAUAAAGCUCUGAGCCAAGGUCUGACCAAAGUCGGCGCAACCAGCCUAUUCUACAAGACGGGUGGUACGGCGUCUGGAAAACCUACCAUCUUUGUCCACGGCCUCGGCGGAACACAUGAGUACUUCAACACUCUCGCUGAGAGACUACCGCGGAGAUGGCUGCAUUUGUUCGACUUCGAGGGUCAUGGUCUUUCUCGCAUCCAAGCAUCCCAGUCUGUGUCCAUCGAGUCGAUUGCAACCGACAUCAAAGGCAUCGCGGCCCAUGCAGGGAUUACCUCUGGUCUGACGGUGAUUGCUCAUUCCAUGGGAUGCCUUUCUGCAAUGAAGCUCGCGGCUGAAGAUUCAGGACUUGUGGACGAACUCGUGCUUAUGGGCCCUCCUCCUUCUCCGCUUCCCGCGGGAGAUGCGACCACAACGCACCAAAGAGCUUCGACGGUUCGAGGUCAAGGCAUGCACGCGGUCGCUGAAGCUGUAGCUCGCAUAGCCACGUCUGCCUAUACACAGGAGCACAACCCGCUGGCCUUUAUCGGAGCAAAGUUGUCCCUCCUUUCUCAAGACCCCGAAGGAUACGCCAAAGCUUGCCAUGCCCUCGCCGACACGUCCAAAGACGACGGCAUCGACAUGUCCGGGAUCAAAUGUCGGACGCUGAUCUUGACUGGUCGAGAAGAUAAGGUCUCGCCUCCAGCACUUUGUGAGAAGUACGCUUCUCAGAUGCCCUUGAGUGAACUGACCGUCAUCGACAAUGUCGCGCAUUGGCAUCUAUUCGAGGACCACUUGAAGACGAUCGAUGCCGUGGAUCGUUUUCUGUCUUAG